AUGGCCGAAGAGCCGCUCCCCAGCGCUGCCGCUGCCCAGCAGAGCAUCUUUUCUCGCAGGCCCUCCUUUUUUGGGGGACGGCACAGGCACAACCCGCCCAAGACUCCCACUGCGUCCCAGCAGCUGCCUCCGCCCACGCGCACCGCCGCCUCCCCGCCCACUAUCAAUCUCCCGCCCGUGUCUCCCAUCGGCAACGCGGACGCCCUGCUACCCAGCCAAUACGAGUUCCCCCAGAAACCCCCCUCGACACCGCCCCGCCGCAAGCACGCUUCGCGCCACAGCAUCUCGUCGACACUAGGAGAUAUUGGUACCACGCUGCAGCGGUCACGCAGCGCGAGCCUGCGGACAAACGACUCGAGCGGCACCACCAGCAACGCUUCCACGUCGCGCACGUCCUCGCACAAGAGGACGCCCUCCGCCAACCUGGCCACCUCCCUGUCCCCCGAGAAGCCCUCCUCCCAGCCUACCAAUGCUGCCGCCUCGCGCCCGGCCUUGUCCAUUUCGACCUUCGCGCGCAGUACUAAGCAGCGCUCGGCGGAGAAUGUAAGGCCAGACACUGCUGUGGGGGCCGGCAGCCGCCAGGGGUACGACAAGGAGCCUCUGUCAGCAGUGGACAAGCCCAAGACGCCCUUUGGCCGCGCCAGGUUUCCCUCAAACAACAACGAUCCUCCGCCCUUGCGCCGCCAGGACACCGGCACCUAUGGGGGCAGCACCAUGAACUACAAUGCGGGUGGACUGGGCCCCGCGGCGCCGAUACCGCUACCCACGGGCGCGAACCCGAACAUCAUAUUCCAACACAUACAGGAGAUGGCUUCGAAGCGCAUCUCGACAUUAGACUACCUCCGAAAAGCGCACGAGGGCCGCAUAUACUGGUUCAACACGCUCCUCUUCUCCCGCACCGACCUCACGCGCCUUCCCUCCUUCACGCCACGCAACCUCGCCCGCCGCGCAACACACUACCUCCUCCUCGGCUUCUCCCUCCCCACCAUCCUCGACCUCAACUCCUCCAAUCCCACCGACUACCUCAAAGCUCUGCUUUCCUUACUCAUGGAAUUUGAACAAUACCAGAGCAUACACCCAGCCGACGGUUCUGCACCCAGUCUUGGCCGGGGGAGAAUACCGGGCAUGCAGAUGUUCAAGCGGGUAAAUGCUAGCGUAGGUGGCAAGGGCAGGAGAAGCAGCUCCGCAGCUGGUACCGAUUUUGCCGGCCUCAACUUCAACGAACCGACAGCGGGCAUGGAUUCGCCCCCUGACAACGACCUGCUGUUGCCUAACGAAUCGUAUUUGUACCUCCAGACGCCGAGUCUGCCCUUCGAUCCAGACUUCUUCAGCACGUUCGCGACCCUCUGCGACGUGCUGAUCGACUGCUACACAAAAAUCUUGAGCCUACUCAGCACGCCCGAAAGUAUCGUACUUGCGGGCGGCGGCGUCCCCAGUACCGUGGGUGAGCUGUUCAAUAAGGCAGACGCAAAGGUGCGGAAAGUGAUACUAGCAGGCGUAGUAAGGGAAUUUGAGGAAGGCUGCCGCGGCGGCGUGCGUGCCGAGGUCGGGGGUGUGGGUAAAGUGGUGCUCGGAGGGCUGAUGUGA